AUGAGCUGGUUUGUGAAGGCGCCGCCAGUCGCACCGUGCCGGUCCGGCGCGGCUGGCUGCUCGUUGCGCCUGUUGGGAGUUCCAGCAUUAUUGCAGAGUCGACCAUUUUCCACGAGCUCAUGCAAGUUCGAACGUCGGCGGAGCCCCGUUCGUGUGCCCCCGGAGACAAUUCUGAAGCGCUUUGAAACCACCGUGUCGACAACCGCAUCAACGCCCUCGCUGGUGGUACCGUACACAUCGCUCACUGUUGGGAUUCCGCGCGAAACCUUUCCGAACGAGCGCCGCGUUGCCAUUACGCCUCAAAAUGUAGCCCUGCUACUCAAGAAGGGCUUCUCCCGCGUGAUCGUCGAGAGCGGUGCCGGCGAAGCCGCGCAAUUUACUGACGAAGCUUAUAGAAAAGCCGGCGCGAUCAUGGCUGCAAAAGACGCCGUAUGGUCCCAGAGUGACAUUCUCUUAAAAGUCAGAGCGCCCAGCAUAGACGAGCCUGUCAAUGAAGUGAAUGCUAUGCGAGAAGGAAAAACGAUUAUCUCGUUUCUCUAUCCCGCUCAGAACAAACCUGCUGUCGACGCUCUUGCGGCCCGUGGCCUGACUUCAUUUGCAAUGGACAAAAUUCCUCGCAUUUCCCGAGCCCAGGUAUUUGACGCGUUGAGCUCAAUGGCCAACAUUGCUGGAUAUAAAGCCGUUUUGGAAGCCUCCAACGAAUUCGGUCGCUUCUUGACAGGCCAGGUUACCGCAGCUGGUAAAGUUCUUGUCAUUGGGGCUGGUGUCGCCGGAUUGAGCGCAAUUGCUUCUGCUCGUCGAAGCGGUGCCAUAGUGCGGGCUUUCGAUACACGACCAGCGGCCCGCGAGCAAGUCCAGUCCCUCGGCGCAGAAUUCAUCGAAGUAGACUUGGAAGAAGAUGGCUCUGGUCAAGGCGGUUAUGCCAAAGAAAUGUCCAAAGAAUUUAUCGAGGCAGAAAUGAAACUGUUUAUGGAACAGUGUCGUGAGGUCGAUAUCGUUAUUACCACCGCGCUCAUACCUGGCAAGCCUGCUCCGAAAUUGAUCACUAAAGAGAUGGUUCAAGCAAUGAAACCUGGGUCGGUGAUUGUCGAUCUGGCUGCCGAAGCUGGGGGUAAUUGCGAAGCAACAGUCCCUGGAACGCUGGCUAUUUAUGACGGUGUUAAAGUUAUUGGAUACACCGAUUUACCGUCGCGUCUGCCUACUCAGUCGUCUACUCUCUAUUCAAACAAUAUUACCAAAUUCUUGCUGUCUCUAGCAGACAAGGACAAGGGCUUUACGGUGGAUUUAAACGACGAAGUUACUCGAGGCGCAAUUGUCAGCUACAACGGCAAAGUUCUACCUCCAGCUGCUCCUCCGGCACCACCACCUACUUCGACUACCAGCACAGCCCAGGCCUCGGCGAAAGAAGAGGUAGUUGCUUUGACACCGUGGCAGAAGACAACCCGUCAAGUAGCUACCGUGACCGCUGGAAUGGGAUCAGCUCUAGCCCUAGGGAAACUGACUGGACCUGUAUUCAUGGGUAAUAUGUUUACCUUUGGUUUGGCCGGCCUAGUGGGUUAUCGGGCAGUCUGGGGAGUUUCUCCGGCUCUACACUCUCCUCUUAUGAGUGUAACCAACGCCAUUUCAGGUAUGGUCGGCAUCGGUGGAUUGUUUGUAAUGGGCGGAGGCUAUGCUCCGACCAACAUUCCAGAGGCCCUAGGAGCAGUCUCGGUUUUGCUUGCAUUUGUAAAUGUCUCAGGAGGAUUUGUUAUCACGAAACGCAUGCUGGACAUGUUCAAACGACCUACUGACCCUCCCGAGUAUCCCUGGCUGUAUGCAAUUCCAGGACUUCUCUUCGGUGGAGGCUAUGUUGCUGCUGCUGCCACUGGCAUGGCCGGGCUCGUACAGGCUGGAUAUCUAGUCAGCAGUGUACUCUGCAUUAGCUCAAUAUCGGGUCUCGCAUCUCAACUAACCGCACGAAGAGGAAACAUCCUAGGGAUUCUUGGUGUGGCUUCGGGGUUCCUUGCUUCGCUGCUUGCUGUUGGGUUUACGCCAGAGACUUUAGUUCAAUUCGGAGCUGUUGCAGGAAUUGGCGGUCUUCUAGGUGCUGUCAUCGGUCGACGUAUUACGCCCACCGGGCUGCCGCAGACUGUUGCCGCUCUACACUCUGUCGUCGGUUUAGCAGCAGUUCUUACCAGCAUCGGUAGUGUCAUGGCAGAUAUCUCCCAUGUUUCGACUUUGCAUAUGGUUACUGCAUACCUUGGUGUUCUCAUCGGUGGUGUUACCUUCACCGGCUCAGUCGUCGCAUUCCUAAAAUUGGCCGGCCGCAUGAAAUCAUCACCCAUAGCCCUUCCUGGCAGACAUAUAAUCAACACGUCACUGUUAGGAGCAAACAUGGCGACUAUGGGAGCGUUUAUCACCAUGGCACCUGGAGCUCCUGUAGUUGCUGCGGCAUGUUUGGGUACAAGUACAGUCCUUAGCUUCCUCAAGGGAUUUACAACUACUGCGGCUAUUGGCGGGGCCGAUAUGCCGGUCGUCAUCACUGUGCUCAACGCCUACUCUGGAUUCGCGCUGGUCGCGGAGGGUCUCAUGCUAGACAACCCACUGUUGACAACAGUAGGCUCAUUGAUUGGUGUUAGCGGCUCGAUUCUAUCAUAUAUCAUGUGUGUUGCCAUGAAUCGCUCUAUUACAAAUGUACUUUUCGGCGGCAUUGCACCAACCCAGUCAAACAAGAAGAUCGAAGGGGAGGUAACUACAACUGCUGUUGAGGAAACUGUAGAUGCACUUGCCGGCGCAGAGAAUGUCAUUAUAGUGGUCGGAUAUGGAAUGGCAGUCGCCAAAGCGCAAUACGCCAUCUCCGAGAUAACUAGGAUGCUGCGGGCCAAGGGGGUCAAUGUGCGUUUCGCGAUCCAUCCUGUUGCUGGUCGUAUGCCUGGGCAGUGUAAUGUGCUUCUUGCAGAGGCAUCUGUGCCAUAUGACAUUGUGCUUGAAAUGGACGAGAUCAACGAUGACUUUAACGAUACCGAUGUCACUUUGGUUAUUGGUGCCAACGAUACGGUCAACCCGAUUGCCAUGGAGCCUGAUUCCUCCAUCUCUGGUAUGCCUGUGUUGCAUGCAUGGAAGAGUAAGGAGGUUAUUGUCAUGAAGCGUGGCAUGUCAAGUGGAUAUGCGGAUGUCCCGAAUCCGAUGUUCUACAUGCCGAAUACAAAGAUGCUCUUUGGAGAUGCCAAGAGCUCUUGUGAUGCGAUCAAGAAUGCGCUCGAGGCGCGCAAGUGA